AUGAUUUUCAUUGCAUUCCUUUUGAACGCGCAUGGUGUUAGAUCUGACUUGGCAGAUGAAUCCAAAAGUUGCUGUUUGUUUAUUGUUUAUGCCGAAUUCGCUCCACCGACAGCUGCCCGAAUUGACGGUUUUCCAGGUGUCAUAACUGCCCUCGGUACCCUGCGUAUCCGCGGUGACCUGCUUGUCGCCUCCCUCUCUCGUUCUGAGUUGGCCGACGCCCUGCGUUCCUACGCGAAAUCCCUCAAUAUCCUUCCUUCUAAUCCCACUUCCCGCAGCUCAUCUGGCAUUUCCCGCCUCACUAAACUCCAUCUCCAAUCAUCAACUUCACCUGAAGGAGUAGGUGUAGACACGGAAGAAAUAUCUCCAACGGCAGUUACGAAUGUUCCGCCUACACCUGAAACAGUCCCUUUAAACGCAACUUCCACCGCUAAUGCACCUUGGUCUGAAUCGAACUCUCCUGCAUCGAAUUUACCACAAUCAACGACUCCUGGCGUACCUCUGCCUCCUCCUUUACCCCCUCAGCAUCAAUUGAGUCGUGGUUCUCUGGAAACUGGGGAGGCUUUCGCCCCGCCUCCACCCCCAGUUUUGCCCGGAGGUCAAAAAUUUGUGGUGUCACGGCUCUUUCUCUUUGAUCGAAUGCUUCUGGUUACUGAGGAAGUGAAGGCCAAAAGGAAGGGCACGAGUGCUGAUGCCUUUGCACAGUCGACGUAUCAAUUUAGAGCGGCGGUGAACGUUAAUAAGAUGAAAUUUGAGGUGCAAGAAGGCGCUAAUUCCUUUUUCCUUCCAUCUUUUUUUGAAAAGCCCCAUUGGUUCAUGUGUUCUUUAACCUCUGAACCGGCACAAAUCGGACCUACAAUUCCAGGAGCCGGCGAGGGCCCUGCACCAGCUCCCGGGACACCUGCCGCAUUCGCCGCUGUAGUGGGGUCCGAGGGACCGGCCAAUAGCGCUACCGGAUCCAGUGGUGAUCAGUACGCCGGCUCCGAUUGGAGUAGCGUGCGUGCUGCCUUGGAUUUCGCUGCUUCGGAUGAUUUGCGUUUCGCUUUGUGGGAUCAGACACCCGGAAGGGAUGUGGUGUACAUCAUCGAUCCACAGACUGUCGCCACACGAUCCGCUUGGGUUGUCCACCUUCGGGAUAUUCAGCGAAUGCAACAGCAAUUACUGAUGGCUCUGGAGGAUCCCACAAGAUUCGCAGCUGCCGAGAAGGAAUGGGGUGAGUUGUUGAAGUAA